AGUCAUUCAGGAACUCUUGUCAGGACUCUACUGGUUCACUUGAUACGAGCAGUGGGACUUUGCUCCAGUCAUGGUUCGGGUUUCUUGGCCCGUGUUUGUGCUGCUGCUGUUGGUGAUGCAGGCUGUUGCUGUGGUGAGCUUCAACUCUGGAGACAACCUGGUGAGAAAGAGAAGAGAGUGGAUUCUGCCUCCAAAGCCUUUGACGGAGAACGUAGAUUACACUCAACAGGAAUCAGUUGCCAGGAUUCGAUCGGAUUUUGAAAAUGAUGUAAAUAUUCGCUACUCCCUGGAAGGCAUUGGUGCGAACCAAGAUCCCUUCCAUGUAUUUGUUGUUGACCCUAAAACUGGACUAAUUCGUGUGACCAAAGUGCUUGACAGGGAGGUCAUUGAUACAUACAAUCUGUCAGGUAUUGCUACGUUCAGUGAUGGCACACAUGCAGAGAAAAAAAUUGACAUACGAAUUAAGGUUGUAGACGAGAAUGACAACGCUCCGGUGUUUGGAACCGUCCAGGAGGGGGAGGUGAAUGAGCUCAGUGCUACAGAUACUUCAGUUAUGAAAGUCUUUGCAACUGAUGCUGAUGAACCAGGGCAUGAGAACUCUCAGAUCGCCUACAGCAUCAUAGAUCAGAAUCCACCCCAUGACAUGUUCUACAUUCAAUCUGAUGGGACCAUCUAUGUGAAAAAGUCUUCGCUGGACAGAGAGACAGCAGAUCUCUACACUCUUACAGUGAAAGGUCAAGACCUCAAUGGCAAACCAGGCGGAAACAGUGAAACUGGCACUGUUACCAUUAAGGUCAGAGAUGUGAAUGACAACCUUCCCACUCUGGAAAAGGACGAGUAUGAGGCCAGUAUUGAGGAGAACACUGAGGGUGUAGAGGUGAUGAGACUCAAAACAGAAGACCUGGACCUGAAGGGCACAGAAAACUGGGAAGCUGUGUUUGAUAUUGCCAAAGGCAACGAGGCUGGGUACUUCAGCAUUAGAACCGACCCUGUCACCAACGAGGGUAUCCUAAUGCUCGACAAGGCUGUGGAUUAUGAGGAUGUAAAGGACCUUGAACUGGGACUAACUUUGAGAAACAAGGCUGAACCAUUUGGAUCUGGGUCAAAUGGCAACAUUGGUAUGAACUUCGGAGGGGGAACAAGUGGUGCAAGUGGUGCAAGUGGUGCAAGUGGUGCAAGUGGUGCAAGUGGUGCAAGUGGUGCAGGAGGUGGAUCUGGAGGAUCAUCAUGGCAAAGUGGGACCACAUUUAAAACCUAUCCGAUCAAAAUCAAUGUGAAGAACCAGCCUGAGGGGCCACGUUUUGACCCCAAAGUCAAAAAUAUUCCCAUCUCAGAGGGAGGCCACACCAUCAACAUUAAAGAUGUUAUUGCCCGCUACGCUGCAAUAGAUGGAGACACUGGGAAACUAGCUGAGAAUGUCAGGUAUGCCAAAGGCUCAGACCCUGACAACUGGCUAACCAUCGACACAAAGACAGCUGAGAUCAAACUGAACAAGAUGCCUGACAGAGAAUCUCCGUACAUUGUCAAUGGGACAUACUUUGCUCAAGUACUUUGCAUUACAGAAGACAUGCCCGGUAAAACAGCCACUGGCACCAUAGCCAUCCAGGUGGAAGAUUUUAAUGACCACUGCCCCACCCUGACCAGUGAUAUCCAGACUAUGUGUACCACAGAUGAUGCCGUUAUUGUGAAUGCCAAAGAUGAGGAUGGAUUCCCCAACGGACCUCCUUUUGACUUCGCCAUUGUCCCAGAAGGCACUGAGGGCAAGUGGCAGGUGGAGCAUCUCAAUGACACUGCAGCUAACCUGAGGACCCAGGAUUCCAUGUGGCCUGGUUUCUAUGAAGUGGAAUUUUUAGUGAAGGACAAGCAGGGACACGCCUGUCCAGAACCACAGAAAGUGACAGUCCAAGUUUGUACCUGUGAGGAUGGAGUGGUGUGUGGAAAACGAGGUGCCAAUGGUCAGUCCAGCGAAGGAGCAGAAUUAGGACCUGCAGGCAUUGGACUGCUAUUCCUGGGGCUGCUGCUGUUAGCACUCAUUCCUCUGUUGCUGCUCUUCUGCCAAUGUGGGGGGGCUGCGGGUCUGCCAGGGGGCUUUACUGAGAUGCCUUUCGACACCAAAUCACACCUCAUUAACUACCGCACUGAGGGCCAGGGAGAGAACACGGAGGUGCCACUGCUGAACUUGCCAACACAAAUAGAUGGAGAUUUGAUCAAAGUGGAUACAGGCAUGGGUACCAAAACUGCAGCAAUGGAACAGUCAGUCACUUCCAUGGAUGGGAUGAACGGGGCCGGUUUUGCAGUUGACCACAGACAGUGGGAGGGGGUGAACCAGAGGAGCGGCAGUGGCUUCUACUCUGAGUUUGAGGGCAGAGAAUCAGGAGGAGGUGGAGGAAUUUAUGAUGGCAUGGCUCUGUCGGACCACUUCCUGGGACAGUACUACAGUCAGAAGGUGACCAGUGGCAAUGAGAACCUUGGAGUGAAGGACAGUCUUCUGAUUCAUGACUAUGAGGGCCAGGGCUCCUCUGCGGGCUCAGUGGGCUGCUGCAGUCUCCUGGAGUCUGACAAUGACCUGCAGUUCCUCAAUGACCUCGGACCAAAGUUUAAGACCCUGGCUGAGGUGUGCGGAGGCAAGACGAUCCAAACUGAAGUCAAACCAGUGUUCUCCCCUCCGCCCAGUACCACCAUCAACACUCCGACCUCAGUGUCAAGUUUGAUAACUGCCCCACAGCUGCCCCCUUCACACAAGCUGCAGCCAACUGUCUCAAAAACGGAGCAGACUAUGGUCAGGGAGACAUCUGAGCAUUCUCAGGUGGUGAAGGAAAGUAUGACCCCAAUGAGAGGAGGGAAAGCAAAUCAAGGCCAGAUGCUCCUGCUACAGCAGCAGCAGCCUGUGUACUACACCUCCACCCCUGUGCUGCAACCAAUGCAAUACGUAGUCCAGCCACAGGUUCAGAACACCAUGCUGCUGGCUGAGGCACCGGCCACCAACCUGCAGGGCAUGGUACUGGUUAACGGCACCCAUACUGGACCUGCCCAAGGCGUGGUCAUUCAAGGUCAGACAGUGAUGGCUGGUGGACAAUCCCAAGGUCCCAGCAUGGUGCUGGUGGAAAGGAGCGGGAUCCAGGGGGACAGUACCAACCUGAUCCACACUGGCUCCCAGCCCAUGAUGGUCAUGGAGGGCAAGGUACCUGUAGGGUCAAUGAAUCUGCUGAAAGGGAGUCAGACCUGCCUCGUGCAGGGAGGUACCCUAAAGCCAGGAGGGCUUUCAGGAUCUCAGAGAGUCCUGGUGGUUGGAGCGCCAACAAGCAGCGGAGGGCAGUUGGUCCAGGAAGCACAAGGUCUGUCCAAGAUUAAUGACAUCUCUCGUUCCUCUACCACCACGGUGAGCGCAAUCCCCACCUACCACAAGGUGGUGCCAGAGGCCAAAGUAAUCCACUGAAUGAGAGAUUGUUCCUCUAGCCAGGUCCAGGUGGUGAUGGGAUUGUUGUGGGAGUCAACCAAUGCAAGACAGCUAAUAGAGAGGGAGCAGUCUCCCCAAAUUCCCAACUUGAAAUUUGACAAUACAGUUUUCAGGAAAUUAGCUGGCUCCAUCCAAACAGUACCCUCCUAAAGAUCUGGGGGUGUCCCAAAGUGGAGUCAACAUUACAGUACAUGGUCAAUAAACAACAAAAUGGAAUAACAACAAUAGUAACAAGCUGGCCCACUGAAACUAUCCCAGCUGACCAAUCUAGUGACUUUAUCUUGCUUUAUGUAUUAAUCCAUUUUUUUUUUAACUUUUGCUUGGUCUCUGGAAUGUACACAGGAUCAUUUUCUAUAAAAUGGAUAUUCGGCUGUUGAGUAGUUAAAUUCAACUUCAUGUUAUGAUGUUUUAUAUUUUCUCUUAAUUGCUUUGUUGUCUUAUGUCUUACAUGGUUAUAUGCUAUUUGUUUGUUGUCUGUUUUGCAUCAA